ACUACUAAGGGAUUAGAACUCUAGAGAAUUCUUAAUUAGCUAAGACAUACGUACGUAGUUUUCUUGCCAUUCUUUUAUUCUACUCUCGUUUCAAGAAAUUAAGAUUAAGAAGAUGGGGUUCAUUUCAAACAUCGAAAAUGAGCUGCUUUCUAAGGUAGCAACCAACAAUGGGCAUGGUGAAAACUCAGCCUACUUUGAUGGUUGGAAGGCCUAUGAAAUUGAUCCUUUCCAUCUAACACAAAAUUUUGAUGGGGUUAUUCAGAUGGGUCUUGCUGAAAAUCAGCUUUGCUUUGAUUUAAUACAAGAAUGGGUGGUGAACAAUCCGAAAGCCUCCAUUUGCACAGCUGAAGGGUCUGAAGAUUUCAAGGAUAUUGCAAUUUAUCAAGACUAUCAUGGUUUGCCAGAAUUCCGAAGUGCUGUUGCAAGGUUCAUGGAAAAAGUGAGAGGAGACAGAAUAACAUUUGAGGCAGAGCGCAUAGUUAUGAGUGGAGGGGCUACUGGAGCUCAUGAAUUACUGGCCUUCUGCUUGGCUGACCCUGCAGAGGCAUUUCUGGUUCCUACACCCUAUUAUCCUGGAUUUGAUAGAGAUUUGAGGUGGCGAACUGGGGUACAACUUUUUCCUGUUGUUUGUGAAAGCUCUAACAAUUUCAAGGUCACACGAACAGCCUUAGAAACAGCAUACCAGAAAGCUCAAGAAUCCAAUAUUACCGUAAAGGGCUUGCUUUUAAACAAUCCAUCUAAUCCACUGGGAACUAUCCUAGACAGGGAAACAUUAAAAGACACAGUAAGAUUCAUUAAUGAGAAAAACAUCCACCUCGUAUGCGACGAAAUAUACGCUGCCACAAUAUUUAACAAGCCCGAUUUCAUCAGCAUUUCCGAAGUAAUAUUGGAUGAAGAUGUUGAAUGCGACCGCGAUUUGAUACACAUUGUUUAUAGCCUGUCAAAGGAUUUAGGCUUUCCUGGAUUCAGAGUCGGGAUUAUUUACUCAUACAACGAUGUUGUAACAAACUGUGCACGAAAAAUGUCAAGUUUCGGACUAGUUUCAACACAAACGCAAUUCUUGAUUUCAAACAUGCUAUCGGACGAAAAAUUCGUUACAAAAUUCAUUGGUGAGAGUAGUGAAAGGUUAGCGAAAAGGCACGACAUGUUCACUAAAGGACUUGCACAAGUGGGAAUUAACACAUUGAAGAGUAACGCUGGCUUGUUUAUAUGGAUGGAUUUGAGAAGGCUUCUUAAGGAACUAACAUUUGAAUCUGAACUCGAACUUUGGCGAAUAAUUAUUAAUGAAGUUAAACUUAAUGUUUCGCCGGGUUGUUCUUUUCAUUGUUCAGAGCCUGGUUGGUUUAGAGUAUGUUUUGCUAAUAUGGAUGAUGAAACUAUGAGGGUUGCCUUAAGAAGGAUUAACAACUUUGUGAUUCAACGUAAAGGGAUUGAAGGAGGAGUCAAGAAAUUACAAUGUAGGAGGAGUAAAUUGGAGAUUAGUUUAUCAUUUAGAAAAUUGGAUGAUUUUAUCAACUCUCCUCACUCUCCAAUGUCUUCGCCUUUGGUCCAGGCUAGGACUUAAAAGGAAAAACAAGGAUUUAUUAGCACUUGUAAUGUUUCUUUUUCUUUAUGAUAAUUCUUCGAAAUUGAAUGAAGAGUCAAAGUCUUAACCAC